UAUUAUCGACAAAAAACGUUACGUUUAAUACACAUUAUAAUUGUUUGGCCGCCUCAACAAUGACCAGUCCAUCGGUGGCCAAACAUUUUCGGGUAAUGACCACAAACUAUGACUCCRRYGGCAAAGAGUUUGUAUCGACYAUUGAAUCACUGGAAGRUGAAGUACCUGUCUAUGCGGUUCAAUGGCAUCCGGAAAAAAAUCCGUAUGAGUUCCCCARUAAAGGCCAUAAYAAUCGUAUACCUCAUACCACGGAUGCCAUCAAAGUUAGCCAAUAUAUGGCCGACUUUUUUGUUGAUGAAUGYCGUCGAAGUAAACCAUUGGUGGAGGACGAGGAUGUUAUUAAGCCAAACCUAAUUUAUAACUACAGUCCCAGUUAUCAGGGUAAACGUGAUGUCUAUGAUUUUGAGCAAAUUUAUGUUUUUUAG